GCAUAGCCGGAGUCUUUUGACCUUUGCCCCCAGCAGAGGCGCUUCCGGCUGCCAGCUUGACAGAGCUGUGGUGCCGGUGGCGUGAGGCCCUGCAUUGCGGGCACGAUGGCUCGAAACGCAGAGAAGGCCAUGACAGCCUUGGCAAGGUUUCGCCAAGCUCAACUUGAGGAAGGGAAAGUUAAGGAGCGAAGACCUUUUCUUGCAUCAGAAUGUAAUGAGUUGCCGAAGGCUGAGAAAUGGAGACGACAGAUUAUUGGUGAAAUCUCCAAGAAGGUUGCUCAGAUUCAAAAUGCUGGCUUAGGUGAAUUCAGAAUUCGAGACUUAAAUGAUGAAAUUAACAAGCUGCUAAGAGAAAAGGGACACUGGGAGGUCAGGAUAAAGGAGUUAGGAGGUCCUGAUUAUGCUAGAGUUGGUCCAAAAAUGCUAGAUCAUGAAGGAAAAGAAGUUCCAGGAAACAGAGGUUACAAAUAUUUUGGAGCUGCUAAAGACUUACCAGGUGUCAGAGAACUCUUUGAAAAGGAACCUCUCCCUCCUCCAAGGAAGACUCGAGCUGAGCUUAUGAAAGCAAUUGAUGCAGAAUAUUAUGGCUACAGGGAUGAAGAUGAUGGUGUCUUGGAGCCACUAGAACAGGAACAUGAAAAGGAAGUCAUAGCAGAAGCAGUGGAGAAAUGGAAACUGGAGAGAGAGGCACGACUUGCAAGAGGUGAUAAAGAAGAGGAAGAGGAGGAAGAAAACAUUUAUGCUGUCAAUGAUGAUGAGUCCGAUGAGGAAAAUGGCAAAGAAAAAGAAGAUGAAGAAGGUCAACAAAAGUUUAUUGCUCAUGUCCCUGUGCCAUCACAGCAAGAGAUUGAGGAGGCUCUUGUCCGGAGAAAGAAGAUGGAGCUUCUUCAGAAGUAUGCCAGUGAAACUCUAAUGGCACAAAGUGAAGAAGCUAAAAGACUUCUAGGACUGUAGUAUUUCUUCUCCUUGUAUUUUUUAAUCCUUCCUGAAGCAACAGUUUGACAGCAUUCCGACAAGCCCUUUGAUCUCUGUAGACUCAGCAAGCAUGUUGGCUUCUGUAAACACUGAAACAAAAGUGACCUUUCUUGCUCCAUGUUCCUC